AUGACGGAAAUUCAGUGGUAUCUCCAUCCCUGGUCACUGCUGGUGUACCAGACCAGUCUGAUCGUCUUCGCAGUGGGCUUCACACGCCCGGGCUCGUUGUUUCGACUGGCCCUGUGGCCUCUCGCGCUCUACACCGUCUUCCGCUUCGUCGCCACAGCUCAUGUCCUGAACAAUGGCUUUCACAUGAGCUUUGGCGCCUCAGACGCCUGGCUGACCUUCCUUCAAUACUGGGAUGUCGCGCUCCUGAGCAACUGGGACUUUGAAUACGGCGGCCCGCAGCCCAAGGCCGCGGAGAAGAGGGAGACGAAGCCAUGGCGCGAGCGAGCGACCUUCUGGGACCGCCUGAGCUUCGGAAUCUACGCUGCCUCAUCGUACCGCUGCAGCGGGACUACCUUUGAGGUGCCAAAUCUCGGACCUUUCGACAAGAAGGACCCCAAAUACGUGCCGUCGAAGGCUAAGUAUAUCCGCAACGCGACCAUCAGGGUGAUAGUCGUCUAUCUAAUUUUGGACGCCAUGACUUCGUUCAACGACCCGGCGGCCAUGCAGUCCGUGUUUGCCGACGAGAAGAUCCCGCUGCUGCGACGGCUGUCGCAACUGACACUGGAGGAAGCCGUCAUGCGUACCUUCACCUCAUUCUCAUUUUGGCUCGUCAAUUACCUGGUUCUCAUACUCUUCUUCGACAUCCCAGGUGUCAUCUGCGUCGCGACCGGCCUAUCUGGCGUCGACUGGUGGCGACCACCAUUCAAUUCCAUUUUCGAGGCUUUCACACUGCGCCGGUACUGGGGCGUCUUCUGGCACCAGUCUGUUCGCAAGCGCAUCAACUCGCCAGCGAACUGGAUUGCCAAGGACGUCCUCCGCCUGCCGCGGGGCACUCUCCUCGCGCGCUACGCCGUCGUCAUUCUGACCUUCACCAUGUCCACCUUCCAACACGCUACAGGCGAUGUCGCCUCGGGCAUCCCAGUCUCUCGUACCGGAUCUCCCUGGUUCUUCCUCGUACAGGCCCUCGGCUUCGUCCUCGAAGACCUCUUCCAGUACGUAUGGAAGCAGGUGGCGCCGACCUCGGCACGCAACACGUGGUACACCAAGGUGUUUGGCUACGUCUGGGUUUUCGCGUGGAUGUUUUGGUGUACGCCAUUCUACGCAUAUCCGGUUUCGGCAAAUAACAGGGGAGAGCAAGACGCGAUUCUCCCUUUCAGCGUCCUGAAGCCCGUUCUAGGCAAGUAG